ACCUAAACCAGCGUGCAGGUUCUACCCACUAACAGACCUCUCCCGUAUACUUGGCCUUACACUCGCGAAUCCGGUGGUCGGCUAAAGUUGUAGUAAGCGAUAUAUGUUUAUAACACAAAUUAAUUUGAAACAGCGACGCGAUGAACGAGUUUUCGUAUCUCCACGUCUAACCAAACCAGCUCAAAGUUGUGCAUAAAGGCAAUUAUACCUAACGGUGAACUACAAACGAAGACACUUUUCAAAGUUGGUCAUUUUCGAUCAAUGGGCAUAUAUUUCUACUCUACCCAAGUGGUUUCACUCAAAUUCACUCUGUCUUAUUCACGAUCUCUGUUUCUCCAAUGAGCCUGCCACGUACAUUGUCCUAACCAAUCAUGGCGAGCCACCGCACUCGUAUGCAAUACGAACAACAGAAGCAAGCUGGUGUAUUCGGACGGAAUGACAGCCAAUCUUCCUUAAAAUCAGAUGACCCACUAAACACACCAUCCGGCUCCAGUCUUCGAGGGCCAGUGCACCGCUCUGGAGAUCUGUCCAGUUCAGUGCUCUCUGGAUCAUAUUCAUCAUCCAGACCACGCGCUCAGCUUUCCGGUGCAGCGGCCGCAGUUGCCAGGAAUUAUGAAAACUUGCCGGAAAGUUCCCGACCAGGAUCAGCUUCCUCAACUCUGAACAUGACACCGAGAACGCAGCGAGACUUCGGUGCGCGACCUGGAAGUGUGCUAAGUUAUCAGCCUUCCACAGUAGUUGGAAAGUCGGUUGUAAGCGGUCGCUCAGUGUAUAGUGUGAGCCAGUUAAGAGUGUCCCGAAGUCUUAAGGCGUCUAGGGCGUCGCUGGCAACUUACAAGAGCGGACGAACCACCAUACAAGCUGAGCAUCACGAUCGGAAGGUACAACGGGAAUUGAACUCGGUCAAGUUCGGUCGCGCACGUAAAUUGUACUGGAUCUCAGUGGCCUCUUUCAUGAUGUUCCUUCUGGUGUUGUUUCUCGGACUCCUAGUCACCUGCCUUCGCUUUAUAUACAUGAACAUAAUUCUGUCACUGGAUGUGGGUGAGAUGGUUGGCCCAUUGCUGAUAGCCUGUUCAUUCUUGUUCUUCGGCCUCGGGUUGAAAUUUUACUGCGAUGCUUAUCGACUGGGAUGUGAAGAGAGGGCACGUGUAAAAUACAAAGCUGCCAGUCCGUCAACGGUGGCCGUCACCACCGUGAGCGAACGAGAAAUUGACACAGAGUAA